AUGGAAGCGUCGCAGGAAGAGCCGCUGGUUUCAAUGUUGGAGCAGUACGAUGAUCCGUGCUACGUUACUAGUCAUCGCUACGCGCUAGCCGUCAACAGACACCGUCAGGAGCACUUUUGGUUGGCAUCUGGAAUCAGAAGGGUCCGGAAUUUGAAUGUGGAUUGCCAGGUAUGGGUGGUUUCCGACUUCUAUCAGAUGGAGGAGUUGCCUCGUCAGAUGAACAGAAGGAGACCAGGUCACCCGAGAACCUACGAGGCCGCGAGAUUCGACAUCCCAGUGGAUGUGUUCAUCAGAAAUCUGAAGGGACGCCACGUGAUGGUCGACUAUCAAGUGAUGGUUUUGGUUUGGAUACUGAAGCUGACUGACUCAAGGAUGUUGAGAACGAUCAUUGGAGACUUGGCUCAGGGUAUUAACCCUUAUUAUCAAGCUGCGGGUCAGGACAUCAUCGUCAGAACCUACUUGGUAACAAGACCAGAGGAUCGUCAAGAGUUGUUUGAAGUGAACAGACGUCAGAUUGAAGGAAUGCCUUUCCUUCAGAUCAGAUGGAUCGACUUGGAUGGAUUCAGAGGACUUCCAAGUGAUGGAAUGGUGGAAGAGCUGAUGGCUCUAUGGCAAGCAAUGAAGGAGCAACGAAGCCAUGAAGUGGCAUGGGAGGACUACCCAAGGGACGUGGUGGAACAAGUCAAGAAGCCUUGGGAAGGACGUGAGGAUCGGGACGAUGGAGCGGGAGCAGCGGGUCAAGCGAGGUUCUGA